CCGCCGCCGCCCUCCCCACGUUCACCAAAAGUGCCCAUCCGGGCGCCUCCCCGCCAGGCCGCCGCACCCGCCCCCAGUCUCCCGCCAAAGCCCCCUGCACCCACAGGCCUAGCCAGUCUUCCGCCCAAGCCCGACGUCGACCCCCCGCCGCCGUUUGCUGUCAAACGCAGCGUGACACCCUACGCCCCCAAGUUCCGUCGUACGCCUGCGGCCUCUGUGCUCGUGCCGCUCUCGCCCGCGGAGAUGGAGCGUUACCGCAACUUCCCUGGGGGCGUGGGCACCAUGCUCCUCCGCAAACGCAAGCGGGAGGACGGCGAUGUGAAGCGCGAACGCAGUGUGAAGCUUGAGGAGAGCGCGGACGACGAGGAGCGGCGGAAGAGGCGGAAGACUGGGGACGUCGAUGUCGUCGUCGAGCAUUAUAACGCCCGCCCGGACGUUGGCGUCUCGCAGCGCCAGGAGUCGGUUAUCAUCGGUCUCAAGAGUUUCAACAACUGGGUCAAGAGCGUGCUCAUCACGCGUUUCGCACAUCCCGCGCUGGCAGAGAGCCCCAUCUCGCCAGCGGAGGCAGAAGGCAUGGGCCGCGGCCGCGCAGGGGAACGUCCGGGAGGCGUGAAGGGCCGCGUCUUGGACAUGGGGUGCGGUAAGGGCGGCGACCUGACGAAGUGGGCCAAGGCGAGGAUCAAGGAGUACGUCGGAGUCGACAUCGCCGCCGUAUCCGUCGAGCAAGCCAGCCAGCGUCACUCCUCCCUCCGUAGCGGGCCGCGUUUCAGCGCAAGCUUCUACGCGCUGGACUGCUACGAUCACCUGCUGCGCGACCGUCUACCGCCUGCGCUGCUCUCACGCCCGUUCGACGUCGUCUCGAUGCAGUUCUGCAUGCACUACGCGUUCGAGAGCGAGAAGAAGGUGCGCUGCAUGCUGCGGAACGUCUCUGAGAACUUGCGCCCGGGCGGGUCGUUCAUCGGGACGAUACCGGAUGCGAGCCAGCUGCUGGAGAAGCUGGGUGCGCUGCCGGAAGACUCGAAGGACCUCUCGUUCGGGAACAGCGUGUACACGAUCCGGUUCGAGGAGCGCACGCAGCGCCCGCUGUUCGGCCACCGGUACUGGUUCUUCCUCCGAGAUGCCGUGGACAACGUCCCCGAAUAUGUUGUCCACUGGGAAACCUUCGUCCAGAUGGCCGCGGACUACGGGCUGUACCCGACGUACAGAAGGGAGUUCCAUCAGGUGUUCGAGGAGCACCACAAGCACCCCGAGUUCGCGCCCCUGCUGGAGCGCAUGCACGUCGUGGACAAGAACGGGGAGAGCAAGAUGGACGAGGACCAGUGGGAGGCGGCGAACAUUUAUAUCGCGUUCGCUCUCGAGAAGCGGUGAGAGCGUGCGCGCUGUACUCCGCUUGACGGGCCUGCGAGCCGCCCUUGUGCAUGGUGCCCUCUGAACAGCGCCGAGGAUGGCCGCCAGUCCUGGAUGGUGAUGCUAUUGUUCGUGUGCCGAUUGGCUCCCAGAACCCAACACCUUUUGGGCGUGGCUCGCUCCCCGAGUCUGGCUUUCCCCUGCACCUAGCGGCGCGGGACCAUAGGGUGUGUAGGCUUCAUGCGGUUCGAUGUGUUCUGAAUCAUGUAGAUUUAACUUUUGUGCUAUGCUGCUCUCCACGCUUGAGUCGACCCAGGACUUUCCGUAUGUCCUCGUUUGUACCUACUGCUGUACUGUAUGUAGCCAUAGCGAUGUCAUCAAUGUCUUUGCUCAUGCAGCUCUCAUCUCGAGGUUUUGUUCACGUGAGGCGUCUGUUGACGAUUGUGCCAACGAUGGUACUG